CUGACUAAUGUUUGCCUCUCCUAUUCACUUCACUCCGAAAAUUCUCUCAAUGAGUGGGUUUGAAAUGUCUACGGUGGUCUUUCAGCCACCCAGGGCUGGCCGUUGUCCUGGCAUUAUUUUAUAUAAAGACAGAGAAUCCCACGACGGAUCACUUACACUCAUCACUCUUCUCAAUCGAAAUCCAUUUACCAUAUCCCCCUGUAUUUCGAAUUUCACCACAUCAUGAGCUCCAACAAGGCUUUGAUCUUCAAACAGAUCCCCAAGGGAUACCCUGUUCCUGGGGAAGAUCUGACCAUCCAGCCAGCUUUAUACGAUAAGGACAUCGCUCCCGUUGAGAACGGUAUCGUUAUACAGUCUUUAUAUGCUAGUUUCGACCCUUACAUGCGGGGUCGCAUGAGACCUGCCGACACAACAUCGUAUAUUCCGGCAUUUGAGUUGGAUAAGCCAAUUGAUAGCUUCGGUAUCGCCAAGGUACUCCGCUCCAAUAAUGCUGCCUACAAAGAGGGAGACAUUGUCAUUGGCCAGAUCCCAAUCCAAGAGGUUGUUUCGCUGAAUGAGGGCUCGAUUGCCAAAAUCCGUCUCCUCCAAAAUCCCCUGGGGAUUGACCUGAGCGUUUUCUUGGGUGCCCUUGGUAUGCCUGGUCUCACAGCAUUUUCGUCCUUUUAUAAGAUCGGUAAACCCAAACAGGGUGAAACGAUCUUUAUCUCCGCUGCCAGUGGCGCUGUUGGUCAGGUCGUCGGCCAGCUCGCGAAGCACGAGGGCUUGAAAGUCAUUGGCAGUGUGGGCUCGGAUGAGAAGUUGGAUUUUAUCUUGAAUGAGCUUGGAUUCGAUGGCGGCUUCAACUAUAAGAAAGAGACGCCAGCGAGUGCCCUUACUCGACUUGCUCCCCAGGGAUUGGAUAUUUACUAUGAGAAUGUCGGAGGUGAACAUCUCGAGGCGGCCAUUGACGCCUUGAAUCAAUUUGGCCGCAUCGUUGCCUGUGGAAUGAUUUCUGAGUACAACAGUGCUCCACACCCGAUUAAGAACCUACACAAGAUUGUGACCAAGAGUCUUGAAAUGCGCGGGUUUAUUGUCGCAAACCCAGGCUUUGCCGAUGCGUACAUGGAAGAACACCAGAAGAAGGUACAGAAGUGGAUUAGCGAAGGGACUUUCAAGGCUCUGACCCAUGAGACCGUCGGUAUCGAGAACGCAGCCGAGGGCCUGGUGGGCAUUUUCUAUGGCAAAAACAAAGGCAAAGCUGUCUUGAAGUUUUAAAAUGUAUUAUGUGUACAUAAUAAUGAUCUGAACACAGCAAAAGUGUUCAAUUUAAACAAUUUUCUUGAAUGCGAUCGCAGACGUUAUGGCGAAGUUUGUCCUAUGUUAAAUAUCGGAUUGAUCGUCAACAGGUACAGGAUAUGGGAAGUAGUGACCUAUUGAGCAGACUACUAGCAUACUCAGCGAGACUACCUGGUCGACUCAUAAACGAAUAUAGAUCUACCUUUGCAUUUUAGAGACAGUAACCGCCUCGAAUGGGAAGUAUCGCAUUAUAAACAACCCGUCUCGCAAGCUGACCUCCA